AUGCCAAGGUCUUUCCUGGUCAAAAAGGUUAAGCUCGAUGAUUUCUCGUCUGCUGACCUCGAGAGCUCUUAUGGCAGAUCCAGAGCGGACCUCAGCCUCCGAUUUCACGAGAAAGCGGCAGGUUACAUCAGCGACUACAUAACCCCGUCUGUGUAUGAAGCAGAGAAUGAAAAUGGCAUCAAAGUGCCCUCUCCGGGACCCAUCUACGAGAGCCUGCACAGCGAUUACGGCGCGCCGGACUCGGACCAGCCCGACAGCCCGCGCUCUGAGAUCUCGAGCGGGUACAUCAACGGAGACAAUGCGGUUAGUGAGGGCUACACGGUGGACGCCUUCUUCAUCACGGACGGCCGCUCGCGCAGGAGGGCUGUGGGUAGCGCGAGGACCGCGCAACGCCACACGUGCAACGAGUGCGGCAAGAGCUACGCCACGUCGUCCAACCUGAGCCGCCACAAGCAGACGCACCGCAGCAUGGACAGCAAGAUGGCCAAGAAGUGCCCGACGUGCGGCAAGGUGUACGUGUCCAUGCCGGCCAUGGCCAUGCACCUGCUCACGCACGACCUCAAGCACAAAUGCGACGUGUGCGGCAAGGCGUUCAGCCGCCCCUGGCUGCUGCAGGGCCACAUGCGCUCGCACACGGGCGAGAAGCCGUUCGGGUGCGCGCACUGCGGGAAGGCCUUUGCAGACCGCUCCAAUCUGCGCGCUCACAUGCAGACGCACUCGGCCUUCAAGCACUACAAGUGCAAGCGCUGCAACAAGACCUUCGCGCUCAAGUCGUACCUGAACAAGCACUACGAGUCGGCGUGCUUCAAGGGAGCCUUUUCGCCGCUCAGACCCGAUUCAUGA